AUGCGAUUCUUGAUAUGCCUGAGCAGAGCCAUUCUUGGUAUUCUUUACACUGCUCAAUUCAUAAACGCCCUCCAAAUACUCGAGUCCACUGCCCUCAUUCCAUGCUCUGAUGAUAGCGUUAUCAACACCGACUUGUUUAGGAUGGCGUUGACACCCGAGAACAGCAGUCUUAUGAUCGAGUAUGACGGCGAGUUCACCUUCUCGGGGAUGAUCAUGUUGGAUGUGGACGUGCUAGCCUAUGGGUACAGCUUCCUGACCAUGCGGCUAGAUCUAUGCGACUAUGAUUUGUCCGGAUUCUGUCCCAUGAUACCGCAAAACCUGACCGUGCCGUAUGCAAGUUUGACUCUGUCAGAUGAUAUUAUCUCAGAAAUUCCCGGUAUCGCCUAUACUAUUCCUGAUCUGGAUGCCGUUGUUCGAGUCAACAUGAUAUCUAACUCGACAAAUCGAAGUGUCACUUGUAUUGAGGCAAGUGUGAUCAACAGUAGUACAGUCUACCAAGCCGCGGUUGGCUGGACACUUGCCGUUUUCAUCGGACUCGGCCUCUUCGGGAGCAUAAUCCUCUCGGCUCUCGGCUAUCUCAGCAUCUCAAACCAGAUUUCAUUCCGCACGGCUCUCCUGCUGAACUUCAUGCAAGGUCAAGCCAUGGUGGGCCUCACUGUGAUGGAGUUCAAGCCAAUGAUACAAAACUGGACCCAGAACUUUCAAUGGACCAUGAGCAUAGUACAUGCAGACUUUCUGGAUACUAUCACGACUUGGUUCCAGCGGUCAACAGGAGGAACACCUUCAACUUUAUAUUCCGAAGCUAGCACUAUUUCAAUCGGCCUCCUCAAACGUUCCGACGAAGUACUGAUAGGGGGAAGCGUGCCAGCAUCAGGUGAUGGAACGGAAGUCCUCCUCCAUGGCAUCAUUCGCAUGGGAUACCGUGCAGGCCUUGAGUCCACCAACAUCUUUAUGACCGGACAUCUGGUCUUUCAGUUUAUUGCGAUGGUCAUGCUCCUAGCUAUCAUCGCCCUCAAGUUCGGUCUAUCCGUAGUUCUGAAAAAGACCCAGUGCACAAAGUCCGGCUAUUCCUUAGCUACCCUGGCUGACUGGCAGUACUUCAUUCGAGGCAGUCUUUGCCAAAUCGCGUGUCUUGGCUACCCGCAAAUAUGUGUGUUUACCAUGUGGGAACUGUGGCAGCAGGUCUCGGCGGCCGAAGUCCUGCUUGCUAUUACGCUAUGGCUCGCCACGACUGAUUCUUGGUCAUGCAACGUUUAG